CACAGGCACAUACAGACAUGCAUACACACAGAUACAUGUACAUACACAGAAACACACACGCACAGACACAUGUACAUACACACAGACACAUGUACACACAGACACAUGUACACACACAGACACAUGUACACACACACAUACAUGUACAUACACGCAGACACAUGUACAGAUACACACGUGUGUGUAUACACACAGACACAUGUACAUGCAUACACAGACACACACACAUGUACAUACACACACCUAUAAAAAGUUGCAGUACUUCGUUGUUCACUCACAGAGCCAGAUACUGCACUCUAGGGGGAGGCAGAGAGUACAGCACACACACUCCUUCCUUUGCUUUCACUGCGCUCAGUUAUUGAG